GUAUUUUUCGUCUUGUCCCUUCACCCCCUUUCUUUUUUUUCUUCUUCUUCUUUGUUAUAACAAACAAAUGCCAAAAGAUACUGUAGCAAAGAAAAGCAAAAAAUCAAAUGGGAAAUCUGAACCAUUUGUUAUUCCUCCAGUGCCAACAAAACCUCAACAAUGCCAUUUUUUUGUUCUUAGAAAAAGAAGGUAUUGUGGUUUACCGGCCAAAAAGAACUUGAAGUAUUGUGGUGAACAUUUAACAGCAUGUGCCGAUGAUGAGAAUGCAAAAGAUUUACCAAAAAGAAUCCCAUGUCCUUAUGAUAAUUCACAUACCAUUUUUGAGAAAGAUCUUGAAAAUCACUUAAAAAAUCGUUGCAAUGCUCGACCUAGAGAAUUACCAAAGUGUCAUUCACUCAAUGUUAACUGUACACUACCUCUUUCACAGGAAGAAUUAGAUUUCCAAAAAAGUAUUUUCUCCCAUCAAAAAUUACAUGUUCAACCUUGGCUAGCAAGAGUUCGAUUAAAUCAACUAAGUAAAGAAGAAUUAGAGUCACUCAUCGAUAAAGUAUCUUUUGCAUAUGAUGCACAUGUCCCUCUUAUUCCAAUGGAAAAAUUAACUCAUUCUUCUGCAGAGAAAAAAAGGCAAUUUAUUUCAAAUACAAAGCAUUUGGAUCAACUGUCUUCUUUACUAGGACAUUUGGAAAAGAAUGAAAUGUUAAAAGAUAAAACUGCAUGUUUUACUGAAUUUGGAGCAGGAAAAGGGGAUCUUUCAGCUUUUGUGAAAAGAGCGAUUAACGAGGAAAAUGGAGAAGCAACUUAUUUGCUGAUUGAUAGAAAGAGCGUUCGUAAUAAAGCAGAUCAAGCAUUACUUGGGCAUUCAGAGAAUAAGUCAAGAGUACAACGACAAAUGAUUGAUAUUAAGGAUCUUGUUUUAUCAAAAGUAGACUGCAUUGCAGACAAUGAUAAGAAAGUGGUAGCUAUGUCAAAGCAUCUUUGUGGAUGUGCUACUGAUAUUACCUUGAAAUGCUUAAUGAAUUAUGUUGAACAUGAAAAAUCAAAGGGACAACAAAGUGAGCCUAUUACGGGAAUUAUUAUUGCCCUUUGCUGUCAUCAAAUUUGUCGUUAUGAAAUGUACCCCAACCAAGACUACCUCAAGUCCAUUGGUGUUUCUAAAACGGAUUUUGAGCGAUUAUGCAAAAUGACAAGUUGGGCCACUUGUAAAAAUGGUAGAAGAAAACCAUCAAACGAAGAAGAUAACAUGGAUGAAGAUAAUAACCAUGCAGUAAGCGAUGAUGAAGAUAAUUUUGAUGAAACAGCGAAUCAUUUUUCAGGUCGUGAUGCUCAGGAACGUGAAGCAAUUGGAUAUAAAUGUAAACGAAUUCUUGAUGCUGGACGAGUUAAAUAUUUAGAACAAUUUGGCUUUGAUGUUAAAUUAGUUUAUUAUGUUGAUUUAGCUACAAGUUUAGAAAAUUGUGCAUUGAUUGCCACACCUAAAAGAAAGUAAAUAAUAAAAUCUAGAAUUGAAUGGGCUAAGCUGCCCAACUAUUUAAA